UUUUUUACAUCGUUUGGGGUUUCAAAAUUUCCAGAAAAUGUAAGCACCAUUGUUUUAAUUUACAAUUGUGACAAUUCGGCCGGGGAUGCUUGACUGCCUCCGUUUUUCCCCCUGGGAAAGUGCCCCGUGGAAAUGGGAGCUAUAAAAUAUGACCAUGCAAUUGUCAAGGCUUUUAGUUGAACUUCAAGCGUUUUGGCAACAUGUUCCGCAUUUUCCCGCUGCUCUGUCUGCUGCUCUUUUCGACUGUCCGUUCGGAAAACUGCGACCAGGAUGCGGGUGCCACAUUAUAUUGUCGCGGGGAGCGGGCUCUGCGGAAUGUCCUGCGGAAUUUGAAUCGGAACGACAGGCCUCUUGUGGUAGUCAAGGGUCUUGAGAUAGUUCCGCUCCAGAACAACUCACUCGUCGAGGACGAGCAGGAACAGGACCAAAGCCUGCUGGAUAGUCUCUCCUUCUAUCUGCGUACCCACGAGGUCAAUGUAAAGCUGGCCGAUCUUCUGGAGGAUGAAGCUCAAGUCUCAGAGGCCCGCAAAAAGGACAAAGGCCAGGGCAUGUUGUUGGCAAUGGCCCUGAUGUUUGGAAAGAUGAUGGCGGUGAUGGGCCUGGGCGGGAUCGCAGCCCUGGCCAUGAAGGCGCUGGGCGUGUCCUUGGUGGCCCUAAUGAUGGCCGGGAUGGUGGGCCUGAAGACAGCGGCCCAGAACGGCGGAGAGAGCAGUCACAGCAUCUCGUAUGUGACUGGCGAGGGACAUCACCACAAGAGAAGGCGCCGGUCGUCCGGCCAACAACCCUUGGCCUACAGGGACUGGUACUGAUGCUCUCUUUGUGUGUUUUGUUAGUUCUUAUGUAGCACCUAAGUAAUUUAAUAAUGUAUCCAUCAUGCAACAGCUGCAAGUUGUUUUUAUCCCCGCUGCAAUCGAAUCGAGUGCAGUGCCACUCGAGACGUUGCUGCGGCUCUGGGCAGUCGUGUUGCUGUUGCUGUUGCUGUUGAUGUCGUGCUACGGCUGAUGUUGCUGCUGCUGCCUCGGAUGCCGCUCUUUGGUUUAUGAAAUCGGUGAAAGUUUAUUUGAGUCGAGCUCGUAUUGUGUAGCCAUCAGCAUCCGCAGCAGCAGAAGGCAACCUACACAUGUUCGAAACGGUUGUAUUUGUGGCUAUACCCUGCCACUGAGUUAUAAGCCUUUUUGGCAUUAAAAUGUUUUAUUCCGGGGUUCAUCCCUGGAAGGCAGUUGAAGUUUUCGAAUAACUAUACACAAUAAAAUUUAUUUAUUUAACCAAUCCAUUUUUAAGUCUUAGAGAGCUUAAUCAUUUUUAGAUUGAUUGGAAUUCGGGGUCAAUUUUUGUAUAUACAAUUCAUUAGUUUGAAUUGACAAAUAAUUUAUAAGAAAUAAAGGUUACAAUUUAAAACAUUAAAUUCUAGCAGUGUUUGCAGUGAAGAAUAUUUUUUCUUUGAUGCCUAAAUCAAGAUAUCUGACUUAUGUAAUCAAAAUCACAGAAUUUGGCAAAAGCAAUUGGCAACAAGAAAAAUAAAAUCAGCAAUGAAACUCAAAGUCAGCACUUUUCCACUUUUUUUUGCUUUCCAAAAAUAAAUUUUGGACUUUAAUGAAUUUGGUAAAAAGUGAAGUCACAAAAGAUUUAUUUUAAAAUUCCUUAUUUUUCAAAUGUUUUAUUCUCUUUGCAUGAAAGAGCAUCUUAGUUCGCAUUCGCCCUAUUUGAAACCCCGCAUUUCCUCCUCCUUGUGCAUGGUGUCGUCAUUUGUCAGCCCGCUUUCGUGCAGUGUUAUCGAUGAAGUCGCCAGAUACCGGAUAUCAGAGUUCCGAAGCUCUUCUGCGGGUUCUCUGCUGAUCUGCGCUUCAGAUGGCGACCGAACUCUUAUUUUCCGUGGAAUCUGGUACACGACCACUGGCGCAGUGGAGCUGGGCAGCACUCCGAUUGAAUUUGCAUAAUGCGUGGCCAACUUUCACUGUAUUUUGGCAGCGCCAACGGUUCUUUCCGACCACCUAAAGCGCCGCGGGCAACAGUAACACAAAUUACAGCCAUGACAGACCCCGAAAAAACAAGAUGUGCGUUCUGUUACACAAUACCAUUAAAGCCGCAGCACUUGAACGGCCAAAACCCGUUAAGCGGCCGGCAGGGACACGGCCACCACUACACCACUACACCUUUUGGCCAAGAGCAACUUGCUCUACCUCUUUCCCCGGUUUUCCGAACCUUGUACCGCCGCCUAAUUGCUCUGUCUACUGGUGGUCGCUUCUUGUGCCGCUGCGCUGCUUCUUUUGUUGAAUCGCUCUUCUGCUAACUUUCCCUUUUCAACGGCAUUUUACGAGCGCGUCUGCCGGCCGUAAUUAAAUUAUAAAAUAAGUUCAUAAAGGCAAAUUUGUUGUUUUACAAUUCGUAUAUGAUCUGCUGCUUUAUAUAAGCGCACACUUGCCCUGGAAUUGAUUUUCUAAACGGUGCGCUUUGAUUUUUACAGGACGGUUGACAAUAAAAGCUGCCGGCUUUAUGGGUUUAUGAGCACGACGACGACGAUGAUGAUGAGAUGGCUGCCAAGACGUGUGUGAAUGCUGGAGCUCCAGUCCAGUGCAUAAAUGAAAGUUCAUAAAGAAAUUAGCUGAUUAAUCGUCGUUCGAUGAGCUUGGAAAAUGACCAGGCCGGCCAAGCCCGGCUGGAUGACUGACUGAA